CCAGGAACACUCCCCAGUGCUUGCCGGAAGUCUUGAGCAUUCGAUAUCUCGAACUCAAGUCCCUCGAGUCGAUCCUCGGCCAGCCAAUAUCUGCACACAAGUCCCCGGCAGACAUUCCAACAGUUUCAGACAUGAAGUGCAAUACCGCAAUGGCGUCCAUGGCGUUUGCGACGAUCCUGCUCGUCCUGUCGGGACAUUGCUACGCAAUGCCUCCUGCUCAAUGCAGCUCCGGUGUCCUGGAAGAAAUUCCCCCAAGGAUUCGCAAAGUUUGCGCCGCUCUGUCCACCAUGUACGAGCUGAGUGCUGCCAUGGAGAAUUACAUCGAAGACAAAGUUCCAGUUCUACGAGAAAACAUCCCCUUGCCGGAGAGUGCUGUCAAACGUCAAGACGUCGACCACGUGUUUCUCCGUUUUGGCAGGCGACGCUAGAGAUGUCAGGAGUGCCAAAAAAUCCUGUAAGAAACCAACGCGGGGCCCUUCCAUCUAGUUAUCGCCAAACUAAUAGUAAUUUAACUCGAAUUUCCUUAGUCCGAUCCUCGUAGGUGUGUCCGAUUUGAUUAUUUUCGUGGUUCAUCGCUUGACUUAUGUCGACUGUCCGUAGACUAGACGUCUGAUCUACGUCCGCAAAGAAUCUCGAAUCAAUGUAUGGUGUCAUCGUUCCUAUGCAAAGGAAUGCGUAUCAAUGAAUUUCCUAGGUCAAAGUUAACCGGCGACGAGCCUGUCGUUUUCCUUUUUGCAAUUAACGGGACGUUGAUUAUGCAUACACGGAUCAUGCCUCUGAAACGCCAACAAAAGUCUGAUUAGUGUAUUAGGGGAUCAGAGAACGUGAGGAAUCUGUAUUUUUGAAAACUAGCACUUGUCCACUCGAUUUUUUAUUUAUGCAAGUCUGCCAGGUUUUAUUUUUCUCUCUCGGAGUGCUCGAACUGAGAUUUCUUUGCUCCACGUUGGGAUGCAACGAUUAGAGUCAAUUAUUAUUUAUUAAGGAGAUUUUGUUUUUUAAGCAGAGCUUUUAUAGCAGGUUCGUAAGUCAAUGAUAAUAUCUUGGAUCGGUCAAUGGUACCAAAGAGGGUCUAUUGGCUUUCCAGGAUCUCGAGAAGAAUCGUAGUCGUGUUUGUUUGAAUUGCGACAAUGUAUAUCGUAAUGGCUAAAAAAUUGGACUGCUUCUUUUUCUUACAAUUCGAGCGCAAUGACGCUUGUGAGAAAAUCGUUAAAUACAUACGUACUUCGUUUUCCUGUUAGAUUGCCCAUUGGUCUUCCUGGAUGUCGCCCGUUUUACAUAAACACACAAAACGCAACAGUAUUAUAUCAAUGUACCAAAGCUAUUUGACGUGAAUAAAGGGAAGAUUUAACUUAACAAUUAAAUGCGCAGCGUAAUCGAUAUGACUUGACUCUCCCCAAUUUUAGGGGAAAGUUCAAAGCUUUCGCUUCGGUGUGUUCGAUCGUUCGUCCUAAUGUAAACUAAAAAUUAUAAACUAUUAAAUUUGCUCGCGCGAAGUUAAGUGUAACUUUCCUGUUACAGUCGGAAGAGUUUUAUCGCCGGCUAGCCGAGGCAUUGUUUCUUCCUUAAUGUUAAGAAUUUAUGUAAAUUUACUUUCUGCGCAAUUCGUUUGAACUUCCGCAAAUCCGACAUUGAAUUUCAUUGGCUCCUUUCACGAACUUGCACAUUUUAAUAUUUCCAUGCAUUGAUAAUUAUUGCCGGGGAUAACGCAAUGGAAUUCAAUGGCGGUCGGAUUAAGACGAGCAUGUGCGUGCAACUAAAAAUUGUAACAAAUGAUUUUGAAAAGAUGUUCUUUCUCUUGAAAUUUUUACUUGCACUUGCACGUCAAUUAUAAUAUAAGCUUGUUUGCCCUAGCCUUUGUUGAAUCUUAGCUUUUCACAGCCUAGUAGGUAUUUUUUAAUGCUGAACAAUCUUCUUUAUUUUUAAAGCGGACGCGGUCGCGGUGCGUGUAAAUUACUAUGAACGAUCAUGUGUAUAUCUCUUCUAACAUUAACGAAAACGACAUUGUAAUUCCCUUAAACAACCGUAUCUCCCACAAUACCGACAACGCUUCGCACCCCGUAUGGGGAUUUAAUUAACAAAUGUUAAUACUCAGAAUGUUGCUAUCCUCCGAUAGUUGUUUCCACCACGAGGCUGUUGGUCCGCGAAGUAAGAGAUAUUGAUUUUUAUUAACACG